CCUGGCAGCCGCAAGCUUCUCCGGGUCCAGGACAACCACCUGUUCUGUAAAGUUUGUUCGCAAAGUACUCCAUAUCCAGAGCUCCCGUAUGAGUGGACAGGUAGCAGCAGCGAACGUAGCCGGUCAGGCCGCUCGCCAGAGUGGCAUCCUCGUCAAGCUGCUCAUCUUCGCAGCAGCACUGGCGACUGCCCCAAUAUCGUCAUACUUCCUCUCUAAAGACUAUCUCUGGGAUGGUAACACCGUCCUCGCCGCCAUCACAGCCAUCGUAGCUGCGAACGUGGUCUUGGUCUCAUACAUUGUCAUGUCGAUCCGCGAGGAGCGCGCUGCAUUGCUGGUCUCGCCACCCUCGCGGAACGAGCCCGUCGACGAGUCAAAGAAGGAGAGGUGAACUCUAUUUUCCAACGCCGGCUCGCAAUAAUGCCCCCAUUUUAUCAUACGUUUGGCGUCCCUGGUGUUUCGAGGUUACCUCACGCAAGUCUGAGUACAGGACGUACUGAAUAUGAAAUGCUCUUCA